GUGCAGCUAGAGUCGGUCGCGGUGCAGCUGCGAUUGGUGUUGAUGCUGCAGGACUCGCACUGCUGCUGCUGGGGUGGGUCGCUGGUUGGUCGCGGUGCUGUUGGAGCUGGCGGUGGCGCUGUCGGUGUUGGUCGGGUGCUGCAGGAGUCGGUCGUGGUGCAGCAGGGGUUGGUGUUGAAGCUGCUGGAGUCGCUCUGGUGCUGCUGGAGUCAGUCGCUGGUUCAUCCGUCGUUCCAGGGCCGCUACCUGCGCCAGCUUGCGCCGCAGCCACCGAUGACCCCUCUCGUCGACAUGUCCGCCCUGGCCCGACUCGGCUGGCUGCGCCCGGCAUCCUGGCGCCGCUCCCUUUACCUCAGGAAGAUCUCCACCGUGCCUGGGCGACAGUGCCGGAGGGCCUGUGGCACGCUGGGUGGGUGCCAUUCGAACAUAUGCAAGCCGAACUCGACAUCUAAGCUCACCGAGUGCGUGUCGAAGUCGACUGUCCAAUACCUGCGAUGCACCUCCUGGUUGCCGAUCGUUUGCGUGGCGACGCCGAUCCCCCGGAGCCGCUGCUCUAGAGACAGGAAGAUCCCACCCAUGUUGUCGUCCUCCAAGCACGAGGGCUUCGUGAUGAUGUCGAACUGCUCGACGCCGAGCUCGAUGGCCACGCUCGUGAUCUCAUUCAGGCUGCUAACGUGGUUCGUCAUCGUGUCGCUGCGAUGCUGGUCCGACAUCAGGACUGCUGGCGUCGGCCAGGUCGCUUCUGGAGUUGGAUGCAGUGCUGCAAAAGUUGACCGCUGUGCUGCUGCCUGGUCGCUGGCGUCGGUUGCUGGUUGGUCGUGGUGCUGCUGGUUGGUGGCUCUGGUGGUGCUGGAGUCGGUCGCUGGUUGGUCGUGGAGCUGCUGUCGUGGUGCUGCUGGUGCUGGUCUAAGUCUGCUGGUGUCGGCCGAGGUGCUGCAGGAGUCGGUCGUGGUGUUACUGGAGCUGGCCGCGGCGUUGCUGGAGUCGGUCGUGGCGUUGUUGGGCGGUCGCUGGGGUCGGUCGCAAGUUGGUCGCGGUGCUGCUGGUUGCUCACUCUGGAGGCGCUGGGGUCGGUCGCAGGUGGAUCGCGGUGCUGCUGGUUGCUCGCCAUGGCGGCGCUGUGAUCGGUCGCUAGUUGAUCGCGGCGCUGCUGGAGUUGGUCGCAAUGCUGCCGGCGUCGGUCUAGUGCUGCUGGUGUCGGCCCAGGUGCUGCUGGAGUUGGCCGUGGUGCUGUUGGAGCUGCUCGUUGUGCCUCUGACGUUGGUCGUCAUCCUUCAGGUGUCCCAUGGUUCUGGCAAGCCGCCGGCAGGCCCUGCCGUGGGGCUCCCGUGGGGCUCGCGCGGGGCUCCAGAGUGCCUCGUGCUGCUGGGGUUGGCCGUUGUGCUGAUGGGGUUGAUGUUGAUGCUGCCGCAGUCGCCCUGGCGCGCGCCGGCGCCGGCGCCGCCGCCUCGGGCGGAGGCCUCGACCUCCCCGACGGAGAUACUGGCCCCAGAGGAGCAGGCGUCCGCCCAGCCGCCGAGGAUGGGCCCAGCCAGCAAGGCGCCCGCGCCGCCGCCGCCGGAGGUGCCUGGCUCUGAUGCUGGCGAUUUGUCUACGGAGGCUGCCGAUGAGCUGGCCGCCCUCAGGAAGCGCUCCCUCGAGGGCGCCAUCGUGGAGCAGGACCGGCACCGUAUGGAGGAGCUCAUGGCCCAGAGGUCUGCCGCCCGUGCUGCCGAGCGCUUGCGGCGGGCAACGGAGGCAGUCGGUAUCCAGUUCAAGGAUCUGUUCAUGGCCGCGGUUCAGCAGUUAGUGGAACUGAUCCUCUCUGACAAGUCUGCCAUCGUGGGUAACAGCCCGCCGCUUGCGUUGCUGAUCCUGAAUGACCUCGGGGUUGCCUGUUUCAAGUUGAAGUUGUCGAGGGCCGCCCGCGACCUAGCUUGCGCUCGGGGCUCGCGCGUUCGCCAUGGCGCCAUGGCGACGACCCUGUCUCAUUCGCCCGAGCGCGAGCCGUCCGAGCACGAGCCUUCGUUGCCUUCGGCGGACUCGGCCGGCAACGAGCGCGCCAGUGCGCGCGCGUGGCCUGCGUCCACGUGGAGCAUCGCGGGCCCGAUCCCAGAGCAGACCGCGAGCGGGGAGGCCGAGAGCACGCGCAAGAACGCAGACGACGCGACGGUCGAGCCCGGGACAAAGACGAGCAGAAGUGGCGAGAUGGCCAGCAGCGGGGCGCUGCUGGCCGUGCUGCGGCGCCGAGCACGCCAUUCGAUGGGGAUGGCAGCAGUCGAGGGGCUGGUGGGCGCCGAAGGGCCCGCAGAUGAGCGGGGAGGCAAGCGGUCGCCGGAGGCGUGCCCGACCGGCGACCCCGACCGAGGUCCCGCCCCGGCGAGCUUGGCGGCAGUGCGG